AUGGAUAAACGCAAGGUCAAUGGCGCUGCUCCCUCCGGAGAGGAGCUGGACGAUCGUGCUGCAAAGAGGAGAAAGAUGCCGGGCAGUGACUUGCUUUCUCAGGGUGAGAGUCCCGAAACCACAACCCAGAUGGGCCUCAAAUUGCUCGACACCUUCCGCCAGACAGCCGAUAAAAGCCUUGUCCUGCGAGUAUUUGCAACAGAUAACAGAACUGUGUAUCCCCCCGCAUCCUCAUGGACCAAUGGCCGACUAAUUGCGACGCCUUUCCUCACACUUCCCAGCAAGAAGCAAUUCCCCGACUACUACGAGAUGAUCAAGAUGCCCAUUGCCUUAGACACUAUCGAAGCCAAGUUGAAGCGCCACGAAUUCCCAAACCUCACGACACUAGAAAGCUACUUCAAGCGCAUGAUAUCAAAUGCAAAGGAGUACAAUACCAAAGACUCCGAGAUAUAUGAAGAUUCUGAGCGCUUGAGGAAGGCAUUAAGCAACUACAUGACAAAGCAUAAUCCGGCAUACAAAUUGAUCCCUGGCUAUUCAGCCUUUGCUACACCGCUGCCUACUUCGCCUGCACCAGCUUCUACGGAAGGCGCUGGUGAGGAGGAUGCUCCAGGCGAAGCUGAUCAUCGUGUCCAAACCACCACCACCAAGAAGGCUCGUGGCCGUCUCCCAAGAAACUCCCAACCUCAGAGAAAAAGUGUGACCCCCAACUUGCCGGAUACACGUUUCUCAGUAGCUGGCUAUCAUGGACUCACCUUCCAGGAAGCCCAAGAGAAGUUUGUGGAUGACUUGAUUGCACAAAAAGAAUUCCCAGAGGACACUAUUCCCGAGUACCUACCCUUCCUUGAACUCCCUUCAAGAGAGGAGUAUCCAGAUUACUACGAGGUUAUCGAUCACCCAGUCAGCUUGAGGACGCUCAAGAAAGGCACAAAGGGGAUUCGAGGCAAGGCUGCGGCGACUGGAGUAUCUUCGUAUCAAAGUUGGGGUGCUUUCGAGCACGAGGCAAGCCACAUCUGGAAGAACGCUAUCAAAUUCAAUAAAGACGGAAGCCCUAUUUUCUUACUGGCCCAUGAAUUCAAAGUCUUCUUCACAAAAGUUUUCCCUGAGAUCAAAAAGGUUGUCCCCGACGGAGCUCCAGCAAUCUCACCCAAAAUUUCAGCAAUUCCACCCAAAACUCCAGCACUCCCACCCAGAAUCAAGCUGAAGACGAAGUCCGCUCAGCCACCCCCAAAAAUCACCCUGAGAAUGCCAGGCAGACCGAGCCCUGCUGACUCGCCUGCCCCUCAACCAAUUGCCCCUGCUCCAGUUGCGAUUCAAGCUGCCAAUGGUACAAGUGGUCGAAACCCCUUUGCUUCUGCAGUACCGGCCCCGAGCUUAGAUCAACUUGAACGAGCAAGAAGCGCAUCAGGCUCUGUAGCUUCUCCUACACCCUCGCACUCGGCUUCCGUCAAGAAUGAAGAGGCUUCCCGUAACUCACCAGCUGUUCAGGCACCCUUGAACAACUUUCGCGGGUCGAAUCAUGCAGUCUCUACCCCUGGAAUUCCUGCAAACGGCAUGCUUCCUCCAUCAACCCCAGGGCAGUCUACUACUCACUUCAAUUCUGUUGGCUAUGCACAAUCCUUCAACCACCAAGCGCAGUACACCCCCCCAAAUCCCGGGUUUGAUUCAAAGUGGCGACAAGCUGGUAAAACUGCGGCUGAUGCCAUGAUCACAAAUCUGUGCCUUGCAACUCACCCUGGCCUGAACAUUUCUCGCCACUUCCGUAUGGACCUUCCACCUUCUCCAGUUAUGGCUCAGCAAUCGAUCACCAUAAACCUGCCCUCAACUCAUUACUACCUCCAGAUCAAGCCAACUAUUGCACCCUCCCUCCUUGAACGACAACAUAAGCUCUUCGUUACCUCUGGAACGCAGAGACUUAAUGCCAUGCCCCUUAUCCCCGGCCACCCUGUUGAUCCUCGGCACCCUCUCUUUGAAGCCCGCCUUCUCCCCGGUGUCAACAGAAUCGAGCUUGAGUUGAUUGCUGCAUUGCCCAAGGGAUCCGGAAAGCCAGCCAGUGGACAGGAUGUUGAGCUCGAGAAGAUCACCGUUUUUGCUAAUCUCCUACGCUGA